AUGGACACUAAAGGCUCAUUUUCCUGCGGUUUCCUCUUGCUGCUUCUCAUCCAGCUCCAGGCCAGCACAGCCAACCCCAUCUACAGCCUCAGCCCCGCCAAAGAACUGGCCAGCAUGGAGGCUCUGCUGGAGAGACUGGAGGAUAAGUUUGCACUGAUGGAAGCCCUGGAGUCCAAUCCUGACCUGCAAGAGCCCAAAACCCAGGAGGAGAUCCCACCAGAACUCAUAGAUGACACUGAUGACCAGAAGACUGAGUCCAAGCUAGCACCCAACACCCCUCUGUCCUACAGGGACCCCUUCCUCAAGAGACUGAGGGGAGUGCAGAUGCCCAGGAUGAUGAGAGAUUCUGGCUGCUUUGGGAGGAGAAUUGACAGAAUUGGCUCCCUGAGUGGAAUGGGGUGCAAUGGUUCCAGGAAGAAUUAGGACAACUUCCCUACCCGUGCUCUGAAGAAUGCUUUACAGUACCCGUUCCUCCCAAGAUGAAAGCCAGAUGCUUCCUAAACUCAUCAA